AUGGACUAUGAGCAUAGUGAAUUCCUUGCACUAAGUAGUGCUUCAUCGAAUAGUCUUAAUAAUUUAAAUAAAAUUGUCAAUACCACCAAUGACAAAAUUAUCAAUAACAAUAAUAAUGACAAUAACAACAACAAUGUCAACAUCAUAGAAACCUGCAGUAGUCCAAUUGACAAUUCAGCUGAAAAUAUUGCUGCAACACCGCAACACAUUAAUAAUAUUAAUAAUAAUAAUAACAACAAUUUCCAAUCUCGCAGCUAUAGCAGCAGCAAUAGUGAUGAAGUGUCAUCAACGGCGGCAGCACCUCGCAAUGCCCUAUUCUCGUGUUCAACACCGGUUUGUUUGAAAUUAACAACCCUACCGCAAUUUAUUCCCAUUGACUAUCAAGGUCAAGAGUCGUCGACUUCGACAUCAUCUAUGUCGUCGUCAUCCAUGUCGUCGUCAUCGGGUUCGUCGUCGGUGCCAACAGAUGGCGGUGGCAGCGGCGGCAGUAGCAGCAGCAGUGGUGGUAACAGUGGCAACACCACCAACAACCAUUUGCUAAUAACAACAACCACAACCACCACGGAGAACGUUAAUCCACCAGAUCCCGAUGGUAAAGGCGGCCAAGAGCAAACCACCACAAAGACUACGACAACAACAACAACCACAGCGAUACCUGUUUCGGUGCCCGAUUUGGCCAAACUCAAUCUAACCUCCCCGAAUGGAAUCGUUUUCAAGAGUGGAGACCUUCGUAUGACGAUGAGUGAACUUGAUCAGUUCGUUGAGUCAGCUGUAGCUGAAACUCUUGCGGCUGUCGAAGCAGACAAACCGAAACCAGGUCAUCGAGUUAAGACACCACCACCGGUGGGGGUCAAUCUAGGUGUCACUCUGAAACGUGUUGAACCUGUCAAAACGCAAAUUUCAGUCAAAAACGGUCCAAUGUUGGGUGUUGUUUUGCGUAAAGUUGAAAAGAAAGUUGAACCAAUCAAAAGCAUUCUAGAUGAUGAUAAGCCACUUUAUCAUUUAUCUAUAGUUCGUACUGGUGGUGAUAGUCCUCCAAAGACCAAGCCUAAACCAAAGUUAAAACCAAAGCUACCAAAACCUGUGCCAUUGCAAAAGGUUGCAACAAUUGCUGCAAUACCUUUAACUCGGCCAACAACAUCUGCUGCAGCAACAAGUGGUGGUGCUGCUGCUGCUGCAAAACCACCUGCUACAGCAGCGACUGCUGCUAAGCUCGGUGUCCCACCAUCACCAUCUGGUACCGCCUUACAAAAGACCAAAUCUGCGGCAAGUAUUAGACCUCCUAGGCCACAAGCGGGUGUUCCAAUUACAAUACAAAAGAUCGAAGGUGAUAAGAUUAUUAUUAUCAAAAAGAUUCAAAUCCCGAAGAAUAGUAAAGUACCAGCUGGUUUUAUUCAGGAAUCACAAUUCCCAAAUACUCGCGCGGGAAAACAAGUCAAGAAGGUUGUACUAGAUUGUGGUUGA